GGAAGGCGGAGCGGCCGCUCUUCCCCGUGGGAGGAGGAGAGCGAUCCCGCGGCGGUCGCAGGUCAGUGUCGCCGCCCGUACCUGUUGCGCCAGUAGCCGGCGGGGGCCGUCACAGGAAAACCCAGGAGGAGCCCGAGAUGGCGGACAGCACCGCGGCCACCGCCGCCCCCCGCGCCGGCGUGAAGGGCGGCUCGACUGGGCCCUGGUGGAAGUCGCUGACCAGCAAGAAGAAGCUCAAGGAAGCGGCGGGCGCCCCGUCGCCCCCCGCCGCCGCCAACGAGACCCCCGCCGCCACCGCCGCGUCCGGCGGCCGGGAGGAGCAGCAGCCCCCCUUCGUCAGCGGCGAGGCCGCGGCGCCGGGCGGCGGCAACCGCCGAAGCCUCCACGUCUCCCACUCGGGCCGCUUCAAGGAGCGCCGGAAGGUGCGCACCUCGCUGCUGGCCGACAGUCCCGAGGUCUUCGACGGCGGCGGCGCCGCGGGCCGUGAGGCUCAAGGGGGCGAGUAGCUCAGUAGGGCUUCGGCCCCGGAGCCGCGGCCCUGUGAAGAGCCGCCACUGGACGGGUGGCCGGAGCGCCAACGGGACAGGUGGCUGGAGCUUGUUGACACCCCACGGCUGGGGCUAGGCUCACCUGGCCCCUUGUGCAUCAUGGAGGUGCGUGGCAGCAGCCUCCUCAGCCCCAAACGGACACUGCGAGGAGCCCAGCACCUCCACCAGGUGACGAGCACCGCCAAGACCAAACCCCGAGAUCAUGGGACAAUGUGAUUGUCUUAACAAAGCAACACCAAUAAACUCCCCACUUCCUGUACUAUGGCAUGUGGACUCAAAGGUGCUAUCCCAGGGCCGACGCUGGGGUCUCUCUUUACCUCAGAAGUCACCCAGGCGCCGACUUCUCAGGCCUGUGACCCAGCUCCUCUCGGCUCUCUAGCCAAGGAGGCUCUUUGCUGUUCUCAUUUCACACACUGCCUUAUCAAAGGAAGGGGAGAAUGAAGUGCUCUUACCUAAUUUUCAGGGCCAAGGACCUUCAGCGGCACUGUAUGUGCUCGUGUCCCACCGUUAGCAGAAACUUCGUGAACCCAUCCUCCUUCCCCUAUCCUCCUUCCCCUGAGGGGCUCAAAAUAAAGGUGUAUGGUGAGGGGCAGGCGCUUGCUUUUUUGUCCUUGCCCCACAUCACAUUUAAAUAGGCGAAAGGCAGGACUGUGCGGGUUUGCUCUCUCUUUGUGCUUUGCAAUGACAAGGAGAUGUUUCAGAGGCCAGUCUCCACAAUUCUGGUACAGAGGGAGACUGGCUGCUGUCUACAGCCAUUUGUCCUGCAUGCCCAGAGAACACAUGAUUUUUGCAUAAUUGAUGAUAACUGGUAUAAUGAUGCUCUGGUGAACAAACUGUGUGAUAAAAUGUAAAUACUCUUGGGAGACCAGACCAUCCCUGGAGAGCACAGGUGGUGCUAGUGUGGAAAUGGGCUUGGGCACCACUGGAAUAUUCUUUACUGUUUACUGUGUUUGAGGCUUAUGAAGCAAGGUUAAAGAUUCCCAGGAUUUCUUUUGGUAGCAAGAUAAUGUGCUUUAACUCAGACAGCUAUCUGCUGCCUCUGACACCUCCUGGAUUUUUGGACAAAGUGAAUUGUAAGCCAGAUUUGUACUGGUGGUGUGCCUUACAGAGCAAACUCAGCUAAAAACACUCACCAAUUAACACAUUUCUUAAUAGUAGGUGAUGUAGCGGCAACUGAUUUAUUUAUUUUAAAUGCACUUGCGAUAUACUUUGUAUUGUUAAAAUGGUUUUAGACUUUUUCUGAACGUGAGAUAAGAUAUUACAUAGUGGCAGGGACGGAAAAUUAUUUCUUAGCAGUCAAGUAUUACACAUUUAUGAUUUUAUUUGGCUGUAACUAAUCAUUUAUGGUUGAAUUAAAAAGUGACCUGAAAGGAAAAAAGAGCUGACAUAUGAGUUCAAGGUGAAAAUACGAUUAAACCAGUCACUGAUAGUCACUGAAGUGAUGCAGCAGAUUCUGGCCAAGUGUCCCAUGGUUCAAUGUUUGUAAUGAUAUAUAAUGAACUUUGAGAGCUUCUGUGCAAUAGACAGCCUAUCUGGCUUAGGUACUUACUGGUCCUUCAUGCAGCUACUCCUUCAGACUUGUAAACCCAAGGACAAAGGGAUUGUAGCAUCAAAUCUAUGACCAUAAAAGCUCUUGUUGCACCCAAUGUGCAGAUGUAUGCUUCUCUUAUUUCAUUUAGUAAAACUGCGAGGUACUCACUGGUUUUUGGACUGCCGUUUUAUGUUCUUGACUACAUGCUUACCAAGCAAAGAGCUCUUAAAACUUUCUCCUUGGAGAUGCUUUUAUUAUGUAGAGCCUUUUCAGUUAAGGGGAAUCUGAAAUCGUUCUGUUGAGAAGCAGCAAUUGGAGCAAACCCAGCCUCAGAUGAAAGAGUGUGAGAAAGAAAGAGGGAAGUUUAAAAGCUGGGAAUGGAGAAAUGGAUGAAGAAGAACUGUACCUCAGCUACAGUUAGCCCAGGGCCAGGGGGAAAGGGGUGGCUUUGCUGCUAGGGUUGUUGUACUACCUUUGGAAGGUGACAUUUGUAUUUAUUACAGGGGAAAAAAAAUCAAACCACAUUUAUGUAUUCUAGGGCCCAAAGAACCAUUUUUGUCUGCAUUUGUCCAAAAUGGAAACACAGCUAAGCAGAUACUGCAUUGGUGCGUUUCUUAGUUGUGCAUCUGGUUUAGCACAACUUCAGCGAGGGUCAGAUCCUCAGAGCCACCCAGAGGCCCAAGUAUGCAGACUAGUGUUUUAUACAUCAGAUGCUAGUAUUUUAUACAUCUCAUGCAGAUGCUUUUCUGCAUUUUUAAUCCUCACACUGUUUUGAAAAUACACAUGCCUCUCCUGUACCUCUGAGCUACCUCUUUCUGCCUAUGGUGAACUUCUGUUUGCUCUUUGGAAAUGUCUCAGGUUUAUUAGUUGCAAGUCUUUACCUAGGCACAAGAUAUCUACCAAUUCAGGUUUUGUUUGAGAAGAAGUCUGAUAAUGCUGUUCAGAUGACUGCUGUUAAGAUUCAAUAUCAGUGCUGUUUAAUAUGUGACUAAAUAUUAGUCAUGUCAUAAUCCCUGUGUAUGGUACUUUCAGCUGGGAAAUUUGAUCAGAAUACAAAGUCAAUAAAUGCACAUAAAAUGAGUCGCUUGCAGCCGUCCUCCAUCUUUAUCCUGACCUUGAGCUGUAGGAAGGAGACGUAAUUCUAUCUUCCUGCUCAGUCAAAUCCUUGCUUCAAUGAAUUUGAUAGCAGCUACUGAAAAACUAGAUCCAUGAGAAAACGGGCUGGCUGCCUCAUCUCGUUUUCCCCGCCCUCAGUGCAAAGGCUAUGCAGCAGUGUCUUCAGCUUAGUGCUGACCCGUGUUCCACAGCAAGGAAUGAGAAGCCUUGUUGCCUGUAACCAACUCGUACAGCAAUAGCCGUCUUGUUUCUCAGUCUGAGCAUCAGAUGAAGCUUUAAGUAAUCUAUACACUUGUAAAUUAAUUAAGCUGAUACAGACAAAGACAUGGAGCAUCCAAUUUUUUUUUUAAGCUUUGCAACUUUUGUACUGGAAAAAUACAUCUUCAGUUAUAAAAAUAGUGUCUUUCUGUGCGUUCAAUUAUUAAAAGGCUGUUGGCAUUCUUAAUAUUGGUGUCUUCCUCAUCUCCUUUAUAAAGACUGUGCAUCAGAAAGUAAGUUUAGGAAACAGAGUGGGUGAGAAAGUAGUUGCUGUUUGUUUUUUAAAGCAAGCAACAUGUCACCCAAAUAAAUGGAAAUGACCAGAUGAGGGUCAACCACAGCCAAGUCAGUUGCAGUGCAAUUUUCUUAAUAUUGUUCUAGAUACUACCAUGAAUUUCAG